GGUCCUGCAGGAGUCGCCGCCGGUGCGUCCGCGCUGCGGGCCGGCCGAGGAGGGGCGCGCACGGACGCACGGACGCACGAACGCCGGCGCCCGCCCGGGAGCAUGUGGAAGCUGGGCCGGAGCCGGGUGCUCCUGGACGAGCCCCCCGAGGAGGAGGAUGGCCUGCGGGCGGGGCCGCCGCCCUCCGUCGCCCCCGCCGCCGCCGCCGCAGCAGCGCAGGUUCAGGGAGCGAGUUUCCGAGGCUGGAAAGAAGUGACUUCUCUGUUUAACAAGGAUGACGAGCAGCACCUGCUGGAAAGAUGUAAAUCCCCCAAGUCCAGAGGAACUAACUUACGAUUAAAAGAAGACUUGAAGACGGAGAAGAAGUCUGGAUUUUGGGACAAUUUGGUUUUGAAACAGAAUACACAGUCUAAGAAACCAGAUGAGAUCGAAGGUUGGGAACCUCCAAAACUUGCUUUUGAAGACGUGGCAGCCGACUCAGGCGACCCCAUGAGUGACCGUCUGUCCGGGCCGGGCUGGGAGGAGGACGCCAGGGGCUCCACCAAGUACACCAGCCUGGCCGGCGCCGGGAACAGCUCGCGCUGGAGCCUCAGGUCAGCGGGGAAGCUGGUCAGCAUCCGUCGGCAGAGCAGAGGCCACCUGACGGACGACUGGGAGGAGCUGGAGUGACAGACCCACUCCUGCGAGUUCACAAACCAAGAUCUGCCUGAUUUUGCACCUUUGUAUCUCAUUUCAUUCAGAUGCCUAGAGUUUGCUGUAUCAUGGUGUUUUUUCAGUAGAGUACCAAGUUUGGUCUUUCCCAGAUGAAAAGUGCAGAGAAUCUGCCCUGUGCCGUUUUAUUUGGACUCUCCUCUUCAAAUGCUUACUUAGGAAAUUCCUUGGUGGACACGAACAGGGACCGCACAUCGACUGCCUUCUGUGGAAACGUCUUCCUGUCGUCCACGUGUUGCUGAGGCUGGAGACGUGAGGUUUGCUGCUGUCCGGGAGGAGCGCGGUGGUAACCUGCUUUUUGCCACAAAACCGUCUUCCUGUAUAUCCUCCGUUGCAGUUCUUUGUUCCGUGACUUGAUCCCUUUCUCUGCAUGUAGCACAUACGUGUAGUCUAUGACACAAGAAUGUAGCAGCUGCGCAGUUCUCUUCUGUUGCCAGAAACCUGCAAUCCAGGUGUAAAAUGAACCUUCCAAAGGUCGUGUUACAUUGUGUUAACUCUUCUUUUGUACUAAAUUUUUAAAUAUGCAAGCAGAAUAAACCCUGGAGAAGCGAAGGCUGUAUCUGAUCAGCGUGAAUGCACUGUCUGCAAACGCGUCUUCAUCUCCAGCCUCCCGUAAGCGCAUUAGAUGGUGACAGUGGUUCUUACCUUGAGGUUUUGUUUUUACUUCUCCUGAACUUUUAAAUAUUGAUCUUAUUUUCUUCUAAAACUUUGUUGUUUUUGAUUGCAGAUUAAAGAAUGCUAUAAAGCAUGGAUCAGUUUUAGUAACGACAGUUUUGUUUGGAAACUAAUAACUCGCUCGUUAAGAGUUAAAACUGUAUGUAAAAUGAUGAAAGUGCCUCUCUUCUCUAACACCCAGGGUUUUGUUUUUCCAAACGAGAGACUGGCUGGUUUGGGCACGUCACUGAGGCGUCUCGUGUGUCUCCAGACUUGCUUUCUGCCUCCCUGAUAGACUGGCCCCUUGGUCGGGUACCCGUGCACGUGUGUCCUCAGCAGGACAGCUCUGAUCCACAGGAGUACGUGUCUAUCUCAGGUCACGGUGGCUUCACAGAGAAGGUAUAGGGGUUUUUUGGUUAAAAACAAAAACCUCCAGUUACACUGUGCAUUCCUCUCUUUAAAAGCCACUGUCCUCAGUGUUCAGUUCUGUGCUGUUCCACGUAAGGGGGUGUCAUUUAGCAUUUCUGUGGACUCUGGGGGGUGACAGUGUCUGCCUGUCAUCUGUCAUUUCUCAGUCAUCUGUCUACACUCUUGUCAUCUCCAGCCAUCUAUGUACAAUGUAUACCUGUCCUCUAACCCUCUCUCUCUAUCUACGUAGCAUCCACCAGUCAUCUAUGUCCAUCUUUUUCUAAGAGACAAGAAGUUUACUUCACUGAGCCUUGAAAGGGGGACGUGUAAGUGGUGGUAAAAUCCAGUUUGCGUUAGAACCUUGAAGUGGUUAAUACCAGAACUGAAAACCGUGUUUCCUCAGGUAAACAGUUCAGUACAUAGACUGUAGUCCUUCUCCCUAAAGAGACGCUUGCUGGGGCUGCAGACGAGCUCCAGACCGUCAUUUACGCGAGGAUUUUAAAGCAGGGGCCGCGGGCUUGUCUUGGGCUAAUCCUGUGUUGAGGUGCAGGGACACAGACCUCGUGUCCAAGGCUCUAGGCAGGGAGCUCAGCGCGGGGGUGGGGACAGCGUCCUCACCGUGGGGAGCCUGUGCCCGUGUGCUGUGACACUCAGUGCCUGUGACACACCCGUGGUGCACAGCCGGCAGAACAGCUCUUCAUACCGUUGUCCCCCAAAACCAGACUGGGGUUGGAAUACGCACAUAAAUCACACUUACCUACAAAGAUUAACGUAAAAAUGAAUUUUUCUUCUGCUGUAUCUGAUUAAACGAAAGUAUAUGUGGGUUUUAAUAUAAAUAUUUAUUGGUAUGCUUUGGGGGAAAGAUAUUUUUUUCUUGAUAGAAUUUACCGAAGCAUCUUUGUUUUUUUCACUGGCUGAUGAGAGAACAGGUUUGUUUGAAUUCUGUAAAAACAUGGCUUCUCUGUGUGAAGAGUGAAGUGUCUGCUCUUUCGACUGUCGUUUUUAACAGGAAAGUGAUUGGCUUCAAAGAAGGUUGAAUUCUUAAUGCUGAGGUUUUUAAAAAUAAAACAUGCUUUAUAUACUCUGACUGUUAGUUUGCACGGUUACUGGCAUCUGCUUCUGGUGACUCAGUCACUCAGAGCUGAUGGUACCUGUCUCAACACCUUCAACCUCAUUUAAGAUGCCAACAAAAUAUGUACACUCAUAAAUAAACGACCAACUUCAACCUCAGCUGUCGGGAUGUAUCUUUUGUGCAUUUUGAACGGACGCUGUUUGGGAACAGCAGGCGCUGCGCCUGCCCUGGGCCCCGCUUCCGAUUUUACCGCAGUGACUUCACGAGUUAGAGCCUGAAGCAAGCCUCCCCUCAGCACCCAGCUGAUAGGAGUACAUUCUUUACU